AUGUCUGUCUCGUUUAUCUCUGUGUCUGUAUAUGUGUCUGUCUGCAUGUCAGCAGUCUGCCUGCCUAUCUCACUGUCUGCCUGUCUGCCUGCCUGCUUGUCUUCCUGUCUGCCUUCCUGUCUGCCUGCCUCACGUCUGCUUGCCUGUCUUCCUGUCCGCCGGCCUCACGUCUGGCUGCCUGCCUGCCUGCCUCUGCUGCCUCUGCCUGCUCUGCCUUGCCUGCCUUGCCUGCCUGCCUGCCUGGCCUGCCUGCCUGCCUGCCUGCCUUGCCUUGCCUGCCUGCCUUGCCUGCCGCUUGCCCUGCCUGGCCUGCCUGCCUGCCUGCCUGCCUGCCUGCCUGCCUGCCUGCCUGCUGCCCUGCCUGCCGGCCUGCCGGCCCUGCCUGCCUGCCUGGCCUGCCUGCCUGCCUUGCCUGGCCUGCCUGGCUGCCUGCCUUGCCUGCCUGCUGCCUGCCUGCCUGGCCUGCCUGGCCUGCCUGCCUGCCUGCCUGCCUGCCUGCCUGCCUGCCUGCCUGCCUGCCUGCCUGCCUGCCUUGCCUGCCUGCCUGCCUGCCUGCCUGCCUGCCUGCCUGCCCGCCUGCCUGCCUGCCUGCCUGCUGCCUGCCCUGUCUCCCCUGCCCCUGCACGCUGCCUGCCGCCUGCCUGCCUACCUGGCUGCGCCUGCCUGCCUGCCUGCCUGCCCUUUGCCUGGGCCCCUUGCCUGGCCUGCCUGCCUGCUCUGCCUGCCUGCCUGCCUGCCUGCCCCGCCUGCCUCCUGCCUGCCCUUGCCUGCCUGCCUGCCUGCCUGGCCUGCCUGCCUGCCUGCCUGCCUGGGCCUGCCUGCCUGCCUGCCUGCCUGCCUGCCUGCCUGCCUGCCUUGCCUGCCUGCCUGCCUGCCUGCCUGCCUGCCUGCCUGCCUGCCUGCCUGCCUGCCUGCCUGCACUGCCUGCCUGCCUGCCUGCCUGCCUGCCUGCUGCUCUGCCUGCCUGGCCUGGCACCUUUGCCUGCUGCCUGGCGCUUGCUCCUGCCUGCCUGCCUGCCCUGCCUGCCUGCCUGCCUGCCUGCCUGCCUGCGCUGCCUGCCUGCCUGCCUGCCUGCCUGCCUGCCUGCCUGCUGCCUGCAGCCUGCCUGCCCUGCAUGGCCUGCCUGCCUGCCGGCCUGCCUGCUGCCUGCCUGCCUGCCUGCUGCCUGCCGCCUGCCUCCUGCCUGCCUGCCUGCCUGCCUGCCUGCUGCCUGCCUGCCUGGCCUGCUCCUGCCUGCUCUGCCUGGCCUGCCUGCCUGCCUGCCUGCCUGCCUGCCUGCCCUGGCCUGCCUGCCUGCCUGCCUGCCUGCCCUGCCUGCCCUGCCCCUGCUGCCUGCCUGCCUGCCUGCAUGCGGCUGCUGCCUCCGCCUCUGCCUGCCUGCCUGCCUUUGCUGCCUCCUGCCUGUGCCUGCCUGCCCUGCCUGCCUGCCUGCCUGCCUGCCUAUCAAUGCAAAUUUGAUUAAUAACCGCGCCUGCGGGCCAGCUCUUCACGUGCUCCAACGGAACCGCAUUGAUGAUGAUGAUGAUGAUGAUGAUGAUGCACUUUAUUUCAUAAAAAAUACUCAAAGUUUGAUAAUGAAUCCCCAUCUUUGUUUUUGCUAA